AUGUCAGAUACCAACAAGAUUGAAACCCUUGUCCACCCAAUCUCAGUAUGCCCAGGACUCCCAGGUGUGCUGUAUAUUGCGGAUGUCCAGAAGAAAUCCAUUCUAAAAGCUAUUCCACAGUACCCGGUUGUUGUUGAAUCACACCACAUCAACCUCUCAAAUCCCUCAUUUAUCACUUAUGUUGCUGUUGUGCUGUAUGUCAUAGAUGACCAAAAGCUCUACUAUGAAGACAUAGAGAAAUCAUCAAUUUUAGCGAUCUCUAAACUAAAACAUGCUGAACUUGUACAACAACUUGAAUUGAGAAAUUUAGCAGUUCCACACACAGUUCCACCUAUGAAGAAGGCAUUGGUCAAAUGGCAACAUGAACAUGAUGUGAAUGAGUAUAGACAGCGCACCCUACAUCUAGUUGCAGAAGUUGGUGAUGUCAAUUGCGUAGCAGGAUAUGGGAAUCAUGGAAACAUGGACAACUUCUCCACUCUUUAUACCACUUGCAUUGGGUGUAUAAAGGAAUUUAGAGCCGUUUCAAAUGGAGUAAAAUUGCAACUCAAUCUCACUAGAUCUCUGCAACUGAAUCUACAAAAUCCCACUGGGUUGACCCUCAAAGAAAAUAACAUUUACAUAGCUGAUAGUAACAUCGAGACUGGCGGGCUUGUGAGAGUCUUUUGGCCUACAUCAGAUGUGAAUGUACUUUUAAAGAAUAACAGCAACAGAUGUGGCAGAAUAUAUAGUGUGGCCAUACAGGAUACAGACAUCAUUUAUACUGAUGUUGCCAAAUGCAUGGUUAAGAAAUAUGCUGAUGGAGUAUCAGAGAGAAUAACUGGUUCAUGGCCAUGUGAUUACCCUAGCGAUGGUUGUGAAGAGACUUCCUGCCACGUUCAGCAAACAGGAGUAUGCCUUAUCGGCAACUCAAUCAUUUUGACAGACUCUGGAUGUGGAGCUGUAAAAUUGAUUAGCCCAUUGACAGGUUACAUCCAUUACCUACAGAACUUAGGAGAUAUUUACAGAUGUUUUGGAGUUCAUUCACCUGCCAUGAAUGUUGAACGUGCAUACACUCUGUUACAGGAAGUUGCAGUGUUUUUCCGCAAAAUGGUAGAGGAUUGUAGGACAGCUCAUCCGCUGUCACCUACCAGAUUACUCCAAGGACCAGAUGGUGUUCCAGCAGAAAAGACCAUUAAGACCAUAGAAACCAAUGUGUUGGCACUUAGUGAAUUUAUAGCCACAAUUGGAGAACUAAAUCCAAACAUCUUGCCUAACAUAGACUCUAAACCCCUGACAAGCCUGAUAAAUGAACAUUUUCACCAUCGUUUACGGCAAAUAUAUGAUAUGCCAGAUAUGCUGCAGCUAGCCAGAACAUUUUCAUCUGCCGUUGAUGAAUUCUUGAAAAAGUCAACUGAAUGUGGAUAUCUAUACAACACAUCUCGAAAAGACUCCUACUAUGAACAGCCAGUAGGUCUUGUUGCUUUCAACAUGUUGCCAAAAUUGCCCCUUCCUACUGAUGAGAAGGCAAAAUUUAAGCCCUGAUGAAAUCAACAACAUGCAACAAUGGGUGACUAAAGUUGGUGCACCUGUUAGGCAAAAGAGUGUGAGAGGUCAUUCCACCAAGUAAAUCCUGGGACACUUCCUAUUCAGUCAUACUUCAAUCCUCCUCAGCAGGUCUGUAUGCUCCCCUUUCAAGAUCAAGAUAUAGGACAAGAGAAUAAUGUGGAUGAACCAGAGGAAAUUGUUGAACAAGAACUUCUAAUAAUAGCUGGUGAGAGAUUGUACUGCUGAAUAUGUAUAUCGGUGGAAGUAUUUACUGACAAAUGUACACAAUGGUGAGAAAAUAUCCUUAUGAGAAAAUACACGAGUGAUUGUAUUUUUCAAAUUGUAAUUAUAGCUAUGUGUAUGACAAUUAAACACAUCAUUUUAAACUUAUUUUGUAAUUUUACAGAAUGGUACUACGCUUUAAAGUAACUGAUGAUAUCGUUCUCCUCAGGGAGGUGUUGGCUACAGGGGAAUGGCCUGAAGGUCAGGCCUGGGUCAGAACAAAACACAAAAGGCGAUCCUGAAAAACCUGAGGGGAAGGGACACAAAAUGGCCUCAAAUUUUGAAGGAUAAUGCCAAAAUUAAAAUAAAAAUAACAAUUAUGCCAGUUUUUAAUUUAAAUCGCCAAGUUUAUGUGGGAAAGAGCAAGUUUUCCUUCAAGAAAGCAAAAAAGGUAGAUCCACAUUUUUCAGGAGAUAUCAGGGGGUGCUCCCUUCCCCUACUAGUCCAUUUGUCAUUUUCUUAACGUAUGACUAUUUAAAAACAUGAUGUUUUUCUGUGCAAAU